AUGGCAAACAUUGCAGAAGAGUUGCUUGCCACUCUAAAGGAGUUAUUGUCACAUGACAUGAAAUCAUUCAAGUGGCAUCUAACCAGCGGUGUGGAAGGUUUUGAACGCAUUCCAAAAGCUGAACUGGAGAAUGCAGACAGACAUGACAUUGUGGAUAAGAUGUUGCAGAAUUAUGGCCCAGAUGGAGCUGUGGAGAUCACAGUGGCCAUGCUGAAGAAGAUCAACCAGAACCAACUGGCUGAGGAACUGCAAUCUAAACACUGUGUAAACAGAAGUAAGAAGGCAAUCAAGAUUCCAAUUCCAACCUCACCCUCUGCUGUCGUUCAGGGUGGACUUAAUGUUCUCACUACAGGUGUAGGCAAAUAUAUGAAGAUGAAUGCUACGAGUGCAACAUCAAGCUCUCCUGUCAAUCCUAACAAAGCAGAUAAACCACCUCACAUCCAAUUACUGCACUCCCUGAAGCAAAGAGUAACUGGCCACGAGAAGCGUUUGGAUAACAUCUACACAAAUCUCACUAUAGUGGUGAAUGAGACUGCAGGAGCCAUUCAAGAGAUGAUACGGCCUAAAAUAUCUUCCAAAAGACAUUGUAAAACUGUCAAAUCCAGUGUCAAAUUCAGUAAAAUUUUCAAAGACCAGUCUGAUAAACGGCGGAACAGAAGAGUGUUGACAAUGGGAAUUGCAGGAGUGGGCAAAACCGUAUCAAUUGACAAAUUCAUCCUUGACUGGGUGAAGGGCAGGGAAAAUCAAGACAUAAAGUACAUUUUCCCCCUUCGUUUCUGUGAACUGAAUCUAAUAAAAGAUAAAGAAUUCAGUUUAAUUGAAUUACUGAAUCAUUGUUUUUUCUCUUCAAAACCUGUACUGAAGAGUCUCCCGGAGGAUGAUGGGAAAGUUUUAUUUAUUUUUGAUGGGCUUGAUGAGUGCCGCUUUCCUCUUUGCUUCGAAGAUGAUAAGGGACAAAACAAUAUCAAUGAGAAGGCCUCAGUGGGCACUCUGAUCACAAGUCUCAUCAAAAGACAGAUAGUUCCCUUGGCCCUCAUCUGGAUAACUUGCCGACCAGCAGGCUCCCAUCAGAUUCCACAAAAAUACCUUGAACUGGUAACAGAAGUACGAGGUUUCAGUGAUGAACAAAUGGAGGCAUACCUCAGCAAAUGCUGCAAUGAAGAUGUGGGAAUGAAAGUAUUCUCACAUAUAAAGAAAUCAAGGAGCCUCCACAUCAUGUGUCAAAUACCAGUCUUCUGCUGGAUAACUGCCACUGUGCUUCAGCCAUUAAUGGAGGAAGACAGCCAAAAUGAAAUGCCUUCAACUCUCACAGGAAUGUAUAUAAACUUCCUACUUCAGCAGAAAAUACUAAUGGAAAAGAAAUUCCAAGAGGAGCCUACAAAAUCUGUUGAUAUCGAGCGCAUCAUUCUGAAGUUUGGUAAACUGGCCAUCCAUAAUCUUGAGAGCGGCACAUCAAUAUUUUGUGAGGAAGACCUUAUGAAAUAUGGAAUUGAUGUCUCUGAUGGCACUGAGUUCGCAGCAAAUUGCCCUGAGAUUUUCUGUCAGCAUGAAGGGAUUUCUGAGAGGAAAAUCUUCAGCUUUACACAUCUGAGUGUUCAGGAAAGCAUUGCAGCUUUAUACGUGCAUUACACACAAUGUCAAAACAAAAAGAAUGCACUCAGGCGGAAUUCAAUUGUACACAAGGUUUUAUGGCUGAAUAAGAACCUACAGGAUCUCCACAAGUAUGCAGUGAAAAAGUCUUUGCAGAGUGAAAAUGGACACCUGGACCUUUUCCUCCGCUUCCUCCUUGGACUCUCUCUGGAGUCUAAUCAGAAUGAUCUGAUGAAACUUCUGCCAAGUUUGAAUGUCAAAGUAAAGAGUGUGAGUGAGACAGUUCAGUACAUUAAAAAGAAACUGAAUGGUCAAAUUUCAUCUGACAGAAUCCUGAAUCUCUUUCACUGUUUGAGUGAACUGAAUGACAACUCCCUGACAAACGAAAUCCAGAACUACCUGAACUCAGGGAAUCUCUCAAACCAGAAACUCUCACCUACACAGUGGUCAGCUCUGUUGCUUGUGUUGCUGAUGUCAGAGGAGAUUCAAGAGAAGUUUGAGCUGAAUAAAUACAUACCAUCAGAUGAAGGACUAAAGAGACUUCUGCCAGUGCUAAAAAACACACGACGAGCUCUACUAUAUGGCUGCAAUAUAACAGAAAACUCUGGUGAAACUCUCUGCACUGCUUUGACAUCAGCAAACUCCCUCUUGAGGGAGCUGGAUCUCAGUAACAAUAAUCUGCAAGAUUCAGGAGUGAAGCUACUCUCUGCUGGACUGAAUAGCUCACAUUGUAAACUGGAGAUACUCAGGCUAGCUGGCUGUAAUCUUGGGGAAGAAACUUGUAAAAAUCUGGGAUCUGUUUUACAACUCACAAAGUCCCCACUGAGAGAACUGGACCUUAGUAAAAAUGAUCUACAGGAUUCAGGAGUGAAACUGCUCUCUCUUGGAUUGAAAAAUUCACAAUGUAAACUAGAGACACUAAAAUUGUCUGGUUGUUUGGUCACAGAGGAAGGCUGCUGUUCUCUGGCAUCUGCUCUGACUUCAAACAUCUCACACUUGAAAGAACUGGAUCUGACCUACAACCACCCAGGAGACUCAGGCGUGAACAAGCUCUCUGCUAUACUGCAGGAUACACACUGUAAUCUGGAGACUCUCAAGCUAUCUGACUGUAAUCUUGGCGAAGCGAUUUGUAAAAAUCUGGGAUCUGUUUUACAACUGGCAAAGUCUCCACUGAGAGAACUGGACCUUAGUAACAAUCAUCUAUGGGAUUCAGGAGUGACAGAGCUCUCUGCUGGACUGAAAAGUACAGAUUGUAAACUAGAGAUACUAAGACUGUCUGGUUGUUUGGUCACAGAAGAAGGCUGUUCUUCUCUGGCUUCAGCUCUGAGUUUAAACCCCUUAAAUCUGAAAGAACUGGAUCUGAGCUACAACUACCCAGGAGAGUCAGGAGUGAAGCUGCUCUCUGCUGUACUGGAGGAUCAACAAUGCAAACUGGAGACAUUAAAAGUGGAGCAUGCAGGGCCGAUCAGAAUCAAAUCUGGCCUAAGCAAAUAUGCAUGUGAUCUCACAUUGGACCCAAACACUGCACACAGACUUCUUUCUCUGGAUAAGGAGAACAAAAAGGUGACAUGUAUGCAGGAGCCACAGUCCUAUCCUAAUCCUAAGCAUCCAGACAGAUUUGAUUGCUGUGUGCAGGUGCUGUGUAGAGAGAGUCUGUCUGGACGCUGUUACUGGGAAGCUGAGUGGAGUGGGGAGGGCACUGAAGUAGUAAUAACAUAUAAAGGAAUAAGUAGAAAAGGACGUAGUUCUGAAUGUGAGUCUGGAUGGAAUAUAAAAUCCUGGAAGUUGACUUGCACUGAAACCAAAUAUUUGGCCUUUCAUAAUAAAAAGGAAACUGUCAUACCAGUCCCCACCUCCAAAUCCAAAAGAGUAGCAGUGUAUCUGGACUGGCUUGGUGGUAUUCUGUCCUUCUUUAGCAUCUCCUCUGACCUGCCAACACUAACCCACUUGUACACAUUCCAUUCCAGAUUCACUGAACCCCUCUAUGCAGGGUUUGGGUUUGGUUCAUUUGGUCAUGGGUCCUCAGUGCAUAUUUGUGUGAUAGAAUAGUGUCCUGUUUCCUGGAGGAACACCCUUCACUACAAUGGGAGGAGGACAGGAUAGGACAGAUAUGAUGUACACUCAAGCUCGCACAAAACACCCUCACAAUCAUGCUGUGGCUGGCAGAUGUGUACUGUCCUAUCAGGUCAUUACAUUCCUUUUUUUCUCCUAGAUUGUUAAUGCUAAUGAGAAGGGCAUAUGGGAAAUUGGGGAAACAUUCUCAAAUUCUUAAAUUUGUAUGUAUUAAAAUGUUUUCAUUUUUCACAUUUAGUCCCAUGAUUUUUGAUCAGUUCCAGUUUUAUAGCAUAGCUGUUGCACUGCUGGCAAUAUAUCUUUUAGCAGCUGUGAUUACUUAUAAGCCUACAUCUGUAGCCAAGGUAAUGGUAAAAUAUUCCAGUUUGGUUGGCUCCAAGUUUUUAUUUCAGUCUGCUGUCUUAGCACUUGUUAGUGAAUUCUGUGUGUGAAGGAACUUCUCAUCUUUGAAGUGAUAUAUAUGGUUUAUAGAUUAAAGGGGGAAAAUUAAUACAGGGUUAAACAUUCUGGAAAAUGACCUAAUUUAGCUCUGUAGACAUAUGAUUUUUUUAUAUGAAGAAUCAUUUGACAAAAUGCAGUGUGUAUAAUUUGAGUGCAUGUGUAUUCAAAAAUUUGGUUUGUGAGUGACUCCUAUGUCUCACCAUCAUAUAGAACAAUUACUGAUUCAAGAAUGAUUAAUGUUGUCUGGUUAAAGGUCAUGAAUAAAUAUUCAUAAAGAUCA